CUGUGUUUCCGCUUUUAGUUUAUUUCGACAAGAUCCGGGAAAGAAAAUUAGAAAGUUGCAAUACUUCUAAAUUUGUCAUUGACACAUUUCAUAUUUACAUCACAUAAAACAGAUCAUCAUGGCAGAAGCACUAGAAGAAAUAUCACCAGAGCAGACAGAAAAAAUAAUCCAAUUUCAGGACAUGACAGGAAUAGAUGAUUUGGAUAGAUGUCAACAGAUUUUACAACAGCAUGAGUGGAAUAUUGAGACUGCUGUGCAGGACACAUUUAAUGAACAAGAGGGAGUUCCUUCUGUUUAUAGUCAACCUCCUCCUGAACCCAGAACACCUCCAGUUAACAUUCAACCUUCAGACCAAAGGGUUUUUACAGUAGCUAGUAGAAGACCACAAGGAAUAUUUCAAUGGACAUAUUUUUUUAUGGCGUUUCCGUUUAGAUUUGUUUACACAACUUUUACUGAUAUUUUAACAUUUAUUUGGGGUUUAUUUAGACAAGAUCCAAGGAGAAAUGUAGUAGACCCAGUUGGUGAUGUAACCAGAUUUUUACAGACUUAUAAUGAUUUAUAUGGACAGGACCAUCCAGUAUUUUACCAGGGAUCAUACAGUCAGGCUUUAAAUGAUGCCAAGAGUGAGUUACGGUUCCUGUUGGUAUAUCUCCAUGGUGAUAAUCAUCAAGAUACACCAGAUUUCUGCAGAAAUACAUUAGGGAAUAAUGAUGUGAUAGACUUUAUAAAUAGCAGUAUGUUAUUUUGGUCAUGUAAUACUAACAGUCCUGAAGGAUAUAGGGUUUCCAGGGCAUUAAGAGAAAAUACAUAUCCAUUUUUAGCUUUAAUAGUUUUACGUCAAAAUAAAAUGACAGUAGUAGCUAGAAUAGAAGGUCCUAUUGGACCAGUUGAAUUAACACAGCGAUUAGAAAGACUUAUGAGUGAAAAUGAAACUAGUCUUGUAGCUGCAAGAGCAGAUAGGGAAGAACGAAGUUUCAACCAAACUUUAAGAGCACAACAAGAUGAAGCCUAUUUAGAAUCAUUAAAAGCUGACCAGGAAAAGGCCAGAAAAAGACAGGAAGAACAAGAGGAAGUUAGACAGAUAGAGCAACAAAAAGAAGAAGAAGAAUUAGAAAGACUAAGAUUAAUACAGGAAAAAGAAGACAGAAAAGAAGUAUUAAAGACUGAAAUACCUGCAGAGCCUAAUUCUACUGAUCCUGAUACAGUCAAAAUAGUAUUAAAACUUCCUCAUGGAGCUAGAGUAGAGAGACGAUUUUUGAAAUCACAGUCAUUAAAGGAUUUAUAUCACUUUGCGUUCUGUCAUGAAGACUGUCCUGAUGACUUUCAUAUAGUUACAAAUUUCCCAAGACGGACUCUACCAUGUGAACCUAAAGACGGUGAACCCGAACCUCCCACUUUCGCUGAAGCAGGACUUGGAAAAAAUGAAAUGUUAUUUGUGCAAGAUAACGAAGCAUAGAUUAGAAAAAAUAGAUUGAAAUUGAAUUUUGAUGUUCAAGUGCGAAAGGAAUUUGAAGGAAUUGAAAGAAGUGCAUAUAUAUAAGUUAUUUGAGUAACCUUGACCUUGACAAGAUUGAAGGAAAAAAAAACUUCUAGUUUGUGUUACAUGUUGAAGAAAUUAUAUUCUGUUUGGACCUGGUUUGAGUUUGGAAGCAGCAGAGUGUAAAUUGCCUCAAGCUUAUUGAAACGAAUUAUGGAACUGAAAAUUUGGUAGUUAUGCAGAUUUGUAAUGUGAAUUUAUUCUUUAAUAAGGACUGUUUCCCAGAAAAAAAAGGGAAAUUUAAUCUUUAAAAGAAAUCAAAAGUAUUUUUUUUUAAAUUUGUGUUCAUCAGUCAUACAUUUAUUUCUUUCAUAAAUGAUGUGAAUUUGUAACAAAUACAAAAUGAAAAUAAAAAGUAAUAUGGAUUCAUUUAUUUUUGUGGGUAUCAAUUAUGUGGAUUGAGAAAAACUCAUUUACAUGGGAUAUUUGAUUUCGUAGUUUUGCCAAUCUCUGCAUUAUAUUCUUAUAGAAAUUCUUAUCUUUGUUGAACAUUUGAAUUUGUGGUUAACUUGUUCCCAUGAAACCCACGAAAAUAUGUAUCCAAUGAAUAAUAAUGAAGGCACAUGAAAUCCUGUUCUGUUCUUUACAAUAUUAUUACACUCAGAACUACACUAAAUAUACUGUAAAUUCAGAAAUUAUUGCAUGCAUUUAUUAUUGCGAAUUUGUCAUUUUAGACUUCAAUUUGAUUUUAAUUUUUACAAUUUUGAUAAAAAUCCUGUUUAACUUAUAUAAAAUAUUUUAAAAUGGGAGUUUAGAUUAUUGCAUUUACAACUCAGUCCGUCACAUUUCUCGCAAUUAUAAAAACCUUGCAUUAAUUUCUGAAUUUACAGUAAAUGGUAUUUAUUCUUAGAUUUAGAGUUUGUACUUUUAAACAUUUUCAUUUUUUUUUACCAUACAUGAAGGACUGUGGCUUCAAUUAUAUUUGUGGAUUUAGGACAAAUGAUAUUUUUGUGAAUAUUUUAUUUCGUUGUUAAACCAAAGUUGGCAUAGAAGUCUACUGACAAUUUUUUUUUUUUUGCAUUGACCAUCUAAAUUUUUGGUCCACCUAUCACACUUAGAAUCUACAAAUAAUUUUCCAGGAAUAAUAAGGAAUCCACAGUACUUUCAAACCCCACAUAAUGUUGGUUUUAAAAUAUCUGUUUCUUAGUUCAAUUUAUAAAUAUCAGUUUGUUAAAUUUUUGGGUGAGAUUUUGGAAAUAUCUUACCAAAUAAAUUAAUAAUGAAUUUUGUGCUUAAGUAUAAAUUGUUUUUUAUAAAAUACAAAAAAAAUGUAUGCUUUUUGGCAUGUUUGGUAACAUAUUAUUUUUGUUGUUUUAUGUUGGAAGAACAUUUUUUUGCAGGAAAGUAAGUCCAUGCUUUAUAAUAUGAGCUGCGUCAUAUAAAAAUGGACCAUAUGCAAAUGCACAUUUAUACAUGUACACAUUUUAGACUUUGGUUGAAUUUAAAACAUGCAAUUAUUAAAUAAAAGAUAAAUUUAAGUUUGAUUUUAGGGUUCUUUAACAACUGAAAUUUCAAACAAUCACAGAUGACUUUAUACCAUAGAGAAUUUUUUAACCCAAAAUAGUUUUACAGACAUAUUGAUAUUCCUUAGAACAAAGUCGAUUUCUAUCCAUCAGACGCAGCACAUAUGCAUGUUAUAAUUAUUAAGCAUUUCAGUUCAAAUUUCACCUUUAUUUGUAUUCAAUGCACAAUUGUGAAAAUGAAUAUGCAUUCAAAGAAAAAUGAAUCAGUAAUAAAUGUUUUAACA